AGUUUCAAUCCUUUCCCCCAAACUACAACAGUCCACACGUUAUACUCACAAGAUAACCACUGGAGACUUCUCUCCUCUUCUUACACACAGCUACAUAGAUAGAACCCAAAAAAAAUAAAAGAAACCUUCAAACUAUUUCUUUCCUCUGAUGCAAAUUCCAAUUCUCUGGAUUUAAAGAGAUUCUGAAUCUUGGGGUUUCUGGUUGUGGGUUCUCUCAAAGUCCCAGUCUUUCCUUAAAAAGGAUUUUGAUCUUUUGUUCAAUGGUGACUAUGUUUCAAGAAGACAAUGGAACAUCCUCUGUAGCUUCAUCACCACUUCAAGUCUUCUCAACCAUGUCACUCACAAGACCAACUCUCAUCCCUUCUCCCUCCUCACCGUUCAAAGACCUCAAACCAGAGGAGCGUGGUCUCUACUUGAUCCACCUCCUGCUAACUUGCGCCAACCACGUGGCCUCAGGCAGCCUCCAAAACGCAAACGCGGCUCUCGAGCAGCUCUGCCUUCUCUCUUCCCCUGACGGCGACACCAUGCAGCGAGUAGCAGCUUAUUUCACCGAAGCCCUCGCCAACAGAAUCCUCAAGUCGUGGCCUGGUCUCUACAAGGCCCUUAACGCAACUCAGACAAAUAAUGUCUCAGAGGAGGUUCAUGUCAGGAGGCUCUUCUUUGAUAUGUUUCCUAUACUCAAAGUAUCUUACCUGCUCACUAACCGAGCUAUACUCGAGUCUAUGGAAGGUGAGAAGAUGGUUCAUGUGAUUGAUCUCCAUGCUUCGGAGCCAGCUCAAUGGCUCGCUUUGAUUCAAGCUUUUAACUCUAGGCCUGAAGGUCCACCGCAUUUGAGGAUCACUGGUGUUCAUCACCACAAGGAAGUGCUUGAUCAAAUGGCUCAUACCCUCAUCGAGGAAGCAGAAAAACUAGAUAUCCCGUUUCAGUUUAAUCCCGUUGUGAGUGGUUUAGAGUGCUUAAACGUAGAGCAGUUGCGUGUUAAGACAGGAGAGGCCUUGGCCGUCAGCUCGGUUCUUCAGCUGCAUAACUUCUUGGCCACUGAUAACAGUGGACACAGCCCGAGUGGUGACUCGGCCUCAUCUUUGCCUCUUUCUAAUUCAGGAAAGAUCGAUAGAUUCCUCAAUGCUAUUUGGGGUUUGUCUCCAAAGAUCAUGGUGGUCACUGAGCAAGACUCGGACCACAACGGCUCCACGGUUAUGGAGAGACUGUUGGAAUCACUCUACACCUACGCAGCUCUGUUUGAUUGCUUGGAGACAAAAGUUCCAAGAACGUCUCAAGACAGGAUGAAAGUGGAGAAGAUGCUUUUCGGAGAGGAGAUCAAGAACAUCAUAGCGUGUGAGGGAUGUGAGAGGAGAGAAAGACAUGAGAAGCUAGAAAAAUGGAGUCAGAGGAUUGAUUUGGCUGGUUUUGGGAAUGUUCCUCUUAGCUAUUAUGGGAUGUUGCAGGGUAGGAGGUUGCUUCAAGGGUAUGGUUUUGAUGGGUAUAGGAUCAAAGAAGAGAGUGGGUGUGCAGUUAUUUGCUGGCAAGAUAGACCUCUAUACUCGGUUUCAGCUUGGAGAUGCAGGAAGUGAAUGAUAUAAAACUCUUGCGACUUGUGUAUUCUCUUUUUUUUUUUUAAUGAGCAAGAGACACAAUCUUACUUGUCUCUUGACUGUGACUUUCUGUCUCUUUUUUUUUUCCUUGUUUUAGCAAAUGCUUCUUGCUGCCUUGUGCAUAUAAAAUGCCUUUUGAGUUUCCAGCACUGUAUUUGUUUGUUGGUUCAGUUUGGUUUGAAUAACUAAACGUAUGGUUGGUUAAAGUU